CGCCCAUAUAAAAAUAUUGCCCUCGCCUUUGUCAUGGUAUAUCCCGACAGCAUGGACGCCGACCUGUCCGAGUUUCUCCUGGAGGGGAGCUUUGAGCAAACGUCGGACGACGUCGGAAGCAGCGACGACGCCAUCGAUUACGACGCAUCCACAGAAUCCCAUUUGAAUCAGUAUGCUUUCCCCGUUCCCCGUGUAACCAUUCAAGAGGAGUUCCAUGCGAUGCACCGCCCGAAUUUUGCAGAACGCACCACAAAGUACUUGGAAAAGCUGUACACGAUGCUGGAGCAAUGCCCCGAGUCCAUCGCGACGUGGACCCAACACGGCCGUUCGUUUGCUGUCCUCGACGCGAACGCCCUCGAGCGCACCAUCAUCCCCAAGUUUUUCAAACCGAUCAAGUUCGACAGCUUUGUUCGGCAGCUGAACUCGUAUGGAUUCCAAAAAGCCAAGUACACGGUCGCCAACAAAGCCGUGUUUGCGUUCCGACACGCCAACUUCGUCCGGGGAGAGUCCCACCUGCUCCAAGCCAUCCAGCACCGACGCCGAGGCAAACGAGAACAACUCCUGACGGCCCCCGUCGUCGUUCCCGACAACGUGGUGGUGGUUGCAGCUCCAUCUCCUGACGCACCCAUCACAUUGGAAUCAAUCGUGUCGUUUGUCCGAACACUUCAGCAGGAACUGGCCGACACAAAAACUCUCGUGCAUGCCCUCAUGGCUUGCCAGCCGCUCCCUCCAACUUCACCUGAUCGAUCAUAGUGUAAUCCCUCCCAGUGAUAAGCGCGAUAAACUGACAAUUGGACAACCAUGACUUGUCCCACCAAGGACUAAGUAGCACUGUACUGUAGAAUGAGAUAAACUUCAACGACAU